UUUGUUUCUGUGUGGGGCGUUCAGCAGCACAGCAGCGUCGCGUCUACCCACAGCUCCAGGAAUGGACUGACUUUCUAGCUUCACCACCGCUGACAAAUCCACUCUGUUUCUUCACGACUCCUCGGAUAAACGUUCAGAGUUUAACUCAAGCCUGGGAUCAUUUUAAUUUGAUGUUGAUUAGCCGUCUGAGCGACAACACAGAUUGUCUUUUCACUCGCGCGACUUAUUUGUAGCCGCUGGACGAAACUGGAUUGAACUUAAACGAACCCGCAGACAUUUUGUUAUUUCUGAGAAUUGAGUUUUUUUUUCUCUUACUUUUUCAUCAGUCGCAGCUGGCUGAAGCGAGCGAACUGAAAGCUUUAAAGGACCACCACAAGGCGAAGGAAGAAACCAUUACCCUCUCUCUGCUCAACAACUAAAUCCAAACACCACUGUGUUCAUAUCGUUUUUAAUUUACACGCGUUGAGCUCGCAUCGCUGCCGCUUGUGCGUUAAAGGCGGAAGGCUUGCAACUGCGAUGGAUCAUUUUGACUGACAGCUUUUGAAGAAUUAGCUAGCUUAGCCAGUGAGGAACCAGCACUGGUGGUGGUUUCCUGUUUACAGACGCAGUAAAUACGGGCUCGGGACAGGUAACGUUGCAGCUGAAUGGUCUUGCAUCACCCAGACAAGACACCGACUCUUUUACCUCGCGAACGACGGCAAAGUGCAUCACUUAUAUUCGGCUUAAUUUUUCAGUGGAGGUUGCUGGCUACCGUUAGCUAGCUAGUCAUCCUGCUACCGCUGGACAGCUCCUGUGUAAGGCAGGGCUAACGUUAGCUUUGGACAAAGGACCAACGCAAGGAAAAAUAUAAACACAGGGCACUCAGUCGAUCGUGUUUGGGAAGGAAAGCAACAAACAAGGAAUUGACAUGAUGUUUCCACAAUCAAGACACUCAGCUUCAUCGCAGCAGCUGAAAUUCACAACCUCGGACUCGUGUGACAGGAUCAAGGAUGAGUUCCAGUUCCUCCAAGCACAAUACCACAGUUUGAAGCUUGAGUGUGACAAGUUGGCCAGCGAGAAGUCAGAGAUGCAGCGCCAUUAUAUCAUGUACUAUGAGAUGUCCUACGGGCUCAAUAUUGAGAUGCACAAACAGGCUGAGAUAGUGAAGAGGUUGAACGGGAUCUGCGCACAAGUCCUCCCCUACCUGUCUCAGGAGCACCAGCAGCAGGUCCUGGCAGCCAUAGAGAGAGCCAAGCAGGUCACCCCCCCAGAGAUGAACUCCAUCAUAAGGCAGCAGCUCCAGGCUCACCAGCUGUCUCAGCUCCAGGGCCUGGCCCUGCCCAUGACCCCCCUGCCGCUGGGCCUGAGCCAGCCAACCCUCCCCGCUGUCACCACCUCCUCCGGCCUCUUCUCCCUCUCCUCCCUGCUGGCCUCCCAGGCCCAGCUGGCCAAGGAGGAGAAAGCUUCGCGCGACGGAGUUGACAGCCACCGCGAGGAGGACGGAGACAAGUCUGAUUAGAUGGUGUCCCCAUUCAGCUCUGUUUUUGUCCAGAGACCUGAAUCCCCAUAUCUGAGCCCCUUUGGUCUACAGCCUCUCCCCUGGUCUCCCUCUCUCUGACCUUAGCAACAUGGGCUUCAACCCAUCACCACAGCUCCAGCUACAGGCCCCUAGCCAACUCUGGCACCCGCCCCUUAUGUCAGACUAGUCCUGAUCGCUUCAUAUUUACCAUCCUCGGGUUGUUUCUUUAUUCUCCCUUCUCUUAUCACCAUCAGAGUGUCUCCGGUGUCUUUUCUCCAAAUACAGUCUCUCUUUUUUUGUAUGUGAUUAAGUUUCAGUUAUUUUGUGUUUUUUUUUUUUUUUUUUUUUUAUCAGGACUGCUUUCUAUUUCUGUUCCUUCCUGCCUUCCUGUCGCUGUGUCUCUCAGUUCUUAUUCCUGUUGAGUUUCUGUUUUGUUUUUUUUCUCCUCAAUGCCUCUCUUCCUCCCACUCUCACCCACCUCUUGCCUCUGUUCUAAGCGUGUCAUUGUUAUGCAGGACUGAUCCUGAGGCUGAACGCACUGUACUGUAGGUGUUAAAACAAGCUAAAUGUUAAACACAGGGAUUCUUUGGCAAGCUGUAACACUUGUCAGACACAACACAGGAUUCCUACAAACUUCAUUUUCCUAAGAAGGAGAUCUGACAGAGAUCAGUAGUGGUGAUAUUUUUGGACAGUACAGAUUGCAUGCAUUCAUUCCAAGCUACAAGUUGGUUUUGAGUUUAAACGGUGGAUUGCUACGGAUCAGAGAAGUGUUUAAAUAGUGCCCCGACUAAAGAGCGAAACAUCCCAAACACACGUCCUAACCAAAAACCAGCAAGGAAGCAGCAGACAUGUUGUAUUGAGAAGACAAACUAGAGAUUUGUGUAUACUCCUACAUUUAUAUUGAGAAAGGAAAAGCACCUUCUUAGAGCAAACUUCAUGCUGAGAGCUGUCAGAUUAGAGAACAAACCCACCUAACUAAGUAAUCUCUUCCGCACCCCUCCCCCCCCCCCAUUUUGUAAUCCUUGCCUGACCCUGUGAGGUACUUUACAUAAAUCCACCCAGCACCUUAACUGAAAGGCAACAUUUUCUUCAGUAGCUAAAUAAACAGAGAUGCCGCUUGCCUCCUGCACCCCCCCCUACCCCCACCACCACCUUUUGCAUCUUUAAUGUGCACUAAUAUUAGAGCAGGCACAGAGGGGGGAGAGUGUGCAUGUUGUGUGUUUGACAGCAGAGGGCAGUGUGUAUCUUCCAGAGCAAACAAGGACAGGACAAGUACAGGCUGUGUCACAAGAGGGAAUGGCUUAUUUAUCCACUCUGUGUGUACACACUUAAUAUACAGAGACUAGACUGGUGACAUUAAUCUCUGCAUGCAGUCAGUCCCAGUCUCUGUCAUGAUCCAGUUCUUGAGAAACAGUCUUUGGUCUGUUUUUAAGGAACAUCUCAGCGUGACACAGAAACAAAACUGGACCCGUGCUUUUGAUCCCUCUGUACAUCCUGAUUUAAAUACUGUACAUUUUGAUUCACUGUACAUAUACAGGUCUGUCCCAUAUCAGACUCACACUACAUUACGCAGGCGGUUUAACACCUAUGUGCAACACUUAACAAAAUGAUAUCGGUGCAGAUCACACAGAUGAAGCACAAGCAUCCUCCACAGCAGCUCCGAUGAGUAAAAAAAAAAAUCUCAGUGUCCGAAUUUGAUAGCUCCCUCAAAAAUUCCUGGUGGUUAACACCCCUAUCACAUAAUCACUACAUCCCCGGUCUGAUUCUGGAAGUCUGUACGACACAACAAAAACACAAUAUAGUACUCUUUCCAUUACAUUUGGGUUUAAUUACUUAACACUGAACGUGAGGCAUCCAUGUUCACUUGUGUAUUUUUAAGAGCCAGAGUCAGAUAUGUUAAAAACUUUCAGGAAAAUUCUCCUCAGUCGUACAUCCAACAACACUUAACACUAUUUACAGGUUGUAAACUGUAACCCCAAUAUGAUACGAAGGCGCCAUAACCAGAACAGUGAAACCACUAGAAGUUUGAGGGAUAUCCUAUGUGUAAACCCCUUUUGUGGCUGGACUAUGGACGUGUAGAGGCUUUAACGGGUCUAGUAGCUGCCAAAAUGGCCCCAUUAAAUGUCUUAUUUAUACAAGAUGAGAUGAAAUUGAACAUGGACCCCUCUUUAGUGGCAAACCUACAUUUCUAGGAGAGGUAGCCUCAGUGGUGAUCAGACCCCCCUGACCGUGGCGCUGUCGAACCACAAAGAUUAUUUGGCGGCGGCCUGUGUUUGUGCGAGUGUUAAUUUGAAGACAGCCGGCCCAUGAAGUUGUUUUAUACCAAACCCACAGACAUGGAGAGACACAGAACACACACACACACACACACACACACAUAUGCCUUUUCUCAGCCUCCCCUCUCUGAUUUAAUGGCUACACUGUAAGAAUCAAUUGAUGUGAAGUGUGAAAUAAACAAUACUUUGAUUUGGAAAAACGCCACUCAAAACGAUAUUUGGCAUGAUGAUAAAGCACAUUGUAUUGUGGAAGUUAUUCAGAAAGCAAAGGUAUACAAAUUGCACGUUACGGCAUUCAGAAUAAAACCCUUAAUGUGUUUAGAAGUUCAGAUGACAUACUGUCGGUGACAUUGGUGGGUAACUCCUUCGAUGAUGCCCAUAGUUGUGUAUGUGUGUGUGAACACAAACAAGGUGUGUAUAAACAGUUGUACAGGCUUGACACACAGAGAUGAAAUGGUCUUACUACAGCUAAAGCUAACAUGCUAUUCUGCUUGUGAAUUAAGCUCGCAGCACAUCGUCCUCCCACAUGCUGUAUGUGUCUGGCUACAUACUGUACUCGUCGUAGUGAUUGGCAGAGCAUGUAGACAAAGCGACACACACCCACACAAACGCACACAUCAAUGCAUGUUUGCGGGGAAAUCGAGAUUGAUUUCUUUGUAGUGGAGACAUUUUUUUCAAAAGAAUGUUUGGUCCAAACUUUGUGAUCAAUGCACUUGUUGUUUUUUUUUUUUGUUUUGUUUUUUUUUGUUUUGUUUUUUAUAUACCCUCUUCUCUGUUUUUAAAUAUUAAUCGAUAUGAACUAGAACGAGAGUUACAAAGCUGACGUUAUAAACAUACAAAUGAAAUUCUAUGUAUUUGUUAAAGUAGUUGGAGGCGCUCGCCUCUGUAUACAGUUAUACAUAGAAAGCUUUAUGUGUAUAUAGCUGCAUCUUUUCUUGUCUGUCCUGGAUGAUUUUUGUGCUAUUGUGUUACAAAACUGAUGUGACACCAGGGGGGAAACUGCAGUACGUUGACCUUUUGCCCCUUAACCCUUCCCUUCUUUUCUGCCCCCUCCCCAUCACUCCCACACCACAUCCCAACCUUCCCAACUUUUUGCCCCCAUAGCGUGAAGCAUUGUAAGCGUUUUGAGCUUUGUAAAGGUCUUUUUUUAAAUACUUAUUUUGUGCAUAAUGUAAAACCUGAAAGUGUGUACUUUGGCAAAAAAAAAAUGUUUUGUGUCUGAAAUCAUAGCUUCAUUGAAACAAAAAAAA